AUGGGAACUUGGUUUCUCGCAGAAACAGAUUUCAUGCGAAUUCUGCUGACUCAGAUGCAGAUACAAACGAGUUGGAAACCCAGUUGUCUCGGGAAAAUGGUGCAGUUUCCAGUAAUGGUGGCAACCCAUCAACCAGCUUUUUAUCCGUGCUCUGUCCCUUGCUCAAGCUCUUCUCCAUUCCCUUGGGGAUCAAGAUCUCUAUCACAGAAUUUGGACAGACAGCACCUCACUACCUUGGAUCCUCCUAUGCAUUUGCAGCUUUUUGAAUUUGAGGCAUGCCCUUUUUGCAGGAGGGUUAGAGAAGCUUUGACUGAGCUAGAUCUUUCUGCAGAGGUCUAUCCUUGUCCAAAAGGUUCAGUAAGACAUAGAGAAAUGGUUAAAAGAUUUGGUGGCAAAGAGCAGUUUCCUUUUCUCAUUGAUCCAAAUACUGGUAUUUCAAUGUAUGAAAGUGGUGAAAUUGUGAAAUACCUAUUUGAACAAUACGGUAAAGGUAGAAAACCUACAGUGGGGCUUUUGGAAAGCACAUUAUUCACAGGAUGGAUGCCAACAAUUUUUCGAGCAGGCAGAGGAAUGACAUUGUGGGAAAAGGCGAAGCGAGACCCACCACCCAAAAAACUGGAACUUUACUCAUAUGAAAAUAAUCCAUAUGCACGAAUUGUGCGUGAGGCACUUUGUGAGUUGGAGCUUCCUUACAUCCUUCAAAACGUGGGAGAAGGUUCCCUGCGAUCGAAGUCACUAGAUGCAUCUGGAUCCAAAGAGGUUCCUUACCUAAUUGAUCCCAACACUGGUACUCAAGUUGGUGACUACAAGAAGAUCCUGUCUUACUUGUUCCAGACAUAUUCAGCAGCCAUUGUAUAG